AUGACUUUGUUGAAAGAUGUUGAAAGCGGCUUGCAUGAAUUUCUCAAGAAUAACUCGACUCGUCGAGUGGCUUUCAUCACGGUGAGUAACUCCAGAGUCGUUGAAAAAUAUUUUCUGUAAGUAAGUUAAAUAAGUAGCUGCUCGAAGUUUUUUGAAAAGUCUAUUUAUUCUGACUUUCAUGUGAUCUUUUUCAUUCGAGUUAUCCAAAAGAAAUUUCAAGUUGAGAGAAAAAUUGAGAGAUUGUCUAUAGAGCGGAGGAACCCAAGUGCCCUUGGAGAAGAACAUGGUCAGAUUCAUAGACAACUUCUCAAUGGGGACUCGCGGCGCCGUCAGUGCAGAGUUUGACUUUUUUUUUUGUCAAUUUGAACUUGUGAUGAAGGUUCUUUCUGCGCGGCGGAUACGCUGUGAUCUUCAUGCACAGGGAAGACUCGCUGAAGCCGUUUUCUCGUCGGUUCAAUAACCUUUUCGACUCGCUUGAAAUCGCUGGUGACGAGGUUCGUUUCAGUCCUUUAAACUGCUCCAGUUUCUGAGAACCUAUUCGGUUCGUUUUUUCGCUUUUCAACAAGAAACAAACGAGUUUCUCGUUGACCAACUUUUUUGUGAUUCUGGAUCUGGCUGAUACAUAGUGUACUCCACGCGAGCUUGAAAAAAGAAAAUUGAAAAAAAAGAAAAUCUCCAAUAGAAAGGGUCUUGGCAAAGAGAGAAGGUUCAGGAGUUUCCUUAGUUCUGUUUUUCCAGGAUGGAGCCAGGUGAAGUAUUCAUUCCAAUUUGGCAAACCUGUUCAAAAGUUUUCAAAAGUUCAAAUGAAAUCCAUAAGUAUUUAGAGUAAAACUUAUCAUUAUGACCUUUUUUGAACUGAGCCUGAACCUAAAUGGCGCAAUACAAUUUAGCGCCUAACGAAAGUACUCGAAGUAAUAUCAAAUACAGUUUUCAGGUGGUUUGCCAACUCCCUGGGUUGAAGGAAGCUGUGCAGGACCAUAGAACUUACUCGGAUCGCAUUUUCUACGUUUCUUUCAAAACUUUGGACCAGUAUAUGAGCUCCCUCGAAAAGGUUAUAUUGUGAAAUGUAAAAAAAUGAAUUUAUAUUGACCACUGACAACAGUAGAAAAGAAAAGUUGAGAAUUCGUUAUUCAAAUAUGAAGUUUUAUUGAAAUCAGCAGGUUAAUUCACAGAUCUCAAACUUUAACUUCAUAGGCGAAUCGAGAAAGGGUGCCGCGAUACCCUUUGAGGUUUAUUACAGGGUCUGAAGUCUAUCGAUGGUACAACGAGUACACUGCGUUCAAUAAGGAUGGGACCCCCCUUGAUUUUGGACUUUCCGGCAGAAUGCGGAAAGAUAUGAAAAAUAUGUGAGUGCCAUUCGAUUCAAAGUACAAAAUGACCCCCAGAGGCAAACUUUCAUUAUCCUAGCACUUUUCCUACAAGAAUGCCAUCGAAAAAACGGUUUUUGGACCGUUCAAUAAGGAUAGGACCACCUGGAAAUUUUGACUUUCAUUGGCAGUUUUUGGUCAAUUUCUCUUUUUGAUGAGUGGUUUUUUUGUUCUCAUAUUGUUUUUUUCUAUGUUUCCUAUGGUUUUCCUUCCAUAUCUUCCAGAUUUAAAAAAUAUUUUGUAUCGAAAAUGAGGAAAAAUGACGUUUUUUUGAGUUUGCAUCAAAUAUACAGCGAAUGAAUUUUUUCCAGUUCUUUAAAUGAACUCAUCUAAUUAAUAGAGAAACUUUAACAUUCAGAAAAACAAAAAGAAGUUUGAAAAACGUUCGUUUAAAAGUUAAAAAACCAGUUACUAAAUGGUGUAUCGUGGCCAAAUUUCAGACUGUCGUCGUUUUUGACCGUUUUUCUUUCUGUAUGUAGUCGAAAUAGCGGUGUACUUUUUUUUGAGGAUUUGCGAAGGUGCUUCUACCUAUAAUCACGCUUAGCUGGAUUGGAAAAAAUUUGACGACCCUCUGAAAUCAAAGGAAAAAAACACCCUUCCGAGUGCUACUCGAACUUUUCGCGGUACAUAUAAAUAAAUCAUAUUAAAAGUUUGAAUUUUAAUGAAAAUUUUUUUAUUCGUAUUUUUUCAUUAAUGCUUUGUUUGGUUGACAAACUAAAAAUUCGCCAAACGCUCUAUUUGAAGCAAUACUUUCGAUGAGCGCGGGCACCAAUUUCUCUCCACAAUUGCUCGGCAUUGGACGCAGUGAAAAAUUUUUUUUUAUAUUAUCUUGUUGAUGAAAUAUGUUUAUAACAUCUUCGCAAAUCCUCAAAAAAAAGUACACCGCUAUUUCGACUACAUACAGAAAGAAAAACGGUCAAAAACGACGACAGUCUGAAAUUUGGCCACGAUACACCAUUUAGUAACUGGUUUUUUAACUUUUAAACGAACGUUUUCCAAACUUCUUUUUGUUUUUCUGAAUGUUAAAGUUUCUCUAUUAAUUAGAUGAGUUCAUUUAAAGUACUGGAAAAAAUUCAUUCGCUGUAUAUUUGAUGCAAACUCAAAAAAACGUCAUUUUUCCUCAUUUUCGAUACAAAAUAUUUUUUAAAUCUGGAAGAUAUGGAAGGAAAACCACCAUAGAAAACUUAGAAAAAAACAAUAUGAGAACAAAAAAACCACUCAUCAAAAAGAAUUGACCAAAAACUGCCAAUGAAAGUCAAAACUUCCAGGUGGCCCUAUCCUUAUUGAACGGUCCAAAAACCGUUUUUUCGAUGGCAUUCUUGUAGGAAAAGUGCUAGGAUAAUGAAAGUUUGCCUCUGGGGGUUAUUUUGUACUUUGAAUCGAAUGGCACUCACAUAUUUUUCAUAUCUUUCCGCAUUCUGCCGGAAAGUCCAAAAUCAAGGGGGGUCCCAUCCUUAUUGAACGCAGUGUAUACGAUCCAUUUUGAGUGAUAUCAUUGUGGACCCAUUAUGCUACCUUCUCGAUUGGCAUGUGUUUGAAGUUUUUGAGAUAAUUACCAGAAAACAAACAGCGUGAGAUCUCCGAAUAGUAAAAUUAGGAAAUUUUUUCUUUUUUGUAUUUCUGGUGAAGCGCGACUCUGACUAUAAUUUCUCAUUGUGCAAACUGAAGAUCAGCGAUUGAGGUGUGCAACGAAGUAAAGCAUUUCGGAAGCCUAGUCCUCGUUUACCUGGCCGCCGCUGUCUCGGAUUUUUACGUGACCCAAGAAACGAUGCCGACUCACAAAAUGUCCAGCGACAAAGACCUCUCCUUGCGCCUUAGCCUCGCCCCCAAAGUCAUCGAACGAGUCGUCAACUCCUACGUACCCCAUGCUUUCGUCACUUCAUUUAAGGUUUUUUUUUAGAAGUCUUACGAAAAGAAAAACCGAGCUAAAAGAGUCAUAAUUUAAGUCUUUCAUGGCGUCACUCUCUCUUCUUCUAGUGAUUACUUUUUAGAAUUUCUAGUUCUUAAGCUCGGAUGACACGGCAUGCUUGAGUUGUCUUUGAAAGAGCAUUAAAAAUGGUACGGAGAAACUGGAAAUCUGUAGUCGAGCCAUGAAGAUUUCCUGUGACUUCGAACACUUGAAAUUUUGUUUAAACAAUAGCCUGCAUCAUACAUCGGCUGGAUCCCACCCCAACCUUUUGGGCGCAAAAAAAAAAAUUUGAAAAUUUACUGAAGUAGGCCGCACUUUUCAGGGGGUAGGCCGCACUUUCAGAGGGUAGGUCGUAGUUUGAGGAGGGUGGGCCGCACUUCGGGGUGGGAUCCAGUCGACGUAUGGCCUGCAUCAAGUAACUAACGUAGAAGAUUGGAGAUUUAUACAACAAAAUGAAGUACUGAAGGAAUUUUACGGUUCUAAAUGGUUCUUCUCUCUGAUUGAUUUCAAUUAUCUUGGGAUUCAGUUAGAAACGGACGAAGGGAAACUCAUACCAAAAGCCGCCGCUGCUCUUGAAAAGUACAAGCAUCAGUUAGUGAGUUUCGUCAUUUCAUUCAUUAAAAUUGAUUUUUUGUUUUGAACCGUCCUGAAUUAAUUUUGGAGGUGAUCGCCAACAUUCUGGAAAGCCGGAAGAGGCGUGUCGUUUUCGUUCAACGCAAUGCCGAUGCAGAAGUGAUAACUCUGAGCCCUGAAAAACUGGCCCAAGGCGCAGAGAUAGAAGAACUCAUCAUCGACCGCCUUACGCAACUCCAUGAAGAUUUUAUCGCACACAACAACUAA